AUGCCAUCUUCGACAACUGCUUGUAUGCUUCCGCACCCAUCAAGACUCCUCCAAUACGCGAGCCCGUUAAAUAACCUAGCAUCACCAGGCCCGCCAACUUUGAGAGGUUUGCAUGGUAUGGACGCAGGAGAUUAUAAUGGGAUGUCUGGAAAAGAAAAUACUGUGCGAGAUUGGGGAGAAAAUGCUGCGGAGACAUUGGCACGAAGACUCUCUCCCAGUGAACCACGACGAUCGCGGGGUUCUGGACUGGAUGCCACCAUUCGCACAGUUACACCCGAUCCUAUCGAGGUAACCGACGACAAUUUAAGCAUAUUGGAGACUCCACCUAAACUCUUUCCAACUGUGCAGUCGUCACCGCGAUCGAUACCCGGCGGGGAGAAGCCUAGAGAACGGCGUCAGGGUCUUGUUUUCCAUGAUACAUAUAGUAGUGACUCUGUUGACAAGCCACCUCAAAAUACCAUGAGUCUUCGAUCUCGACCUCGAACGUAUACUGUAGAUUCUACCACACGGAAAAGAUCGGGCUCGGGAGGGGCUCCUAGGAAUAGGCAGCGAAUUGGUUCAAUACAUUCUACAAAUUCAUCGUCAUUCCAUGAUAUCGAGCCGCGACCCGAUGAUAAUACUGCGUCUGAAUAUUUGACUACUUCAAAUAAAAAUGCUUUGACUGGAUCGAACUCUCUCAAAAAGGAGAAGGGCAAUGGUAGACGAUUGGCCAGAAAACAUUCAAGGCCGACCUCGCCAUUUCAAGCAUUUGUGGAUGUACCUGCCAUCGACUCUCUUCCAGAUCCCGUGCCUACUGGGGAUGCCAAAAGACUACUGGGUCUUAUGAAAAGUCUACGUGGUCGUAUGAGGGGUGAAGUCGAGUAUCAAACAGGAGAACGUGGGCAGUGGUUUAGAGGUAUAUGCUAUAUUGACAAUGUAAAAGGCUCUUUGAUGUACGAGGACGAUGAUAAAGGACCUUUCCAUAUUGCUGUAGCAGCCGACCUCCGAGGAUGCAGGGUCAAACCGAUCAUGCACUUAUUGGAACGACAAGUAAGGUGUCUGGAAAUUUCAAAUCCUAGUCUCGGUUUAGAUGUUCGUCUUCUACCCACGAAUCCUAUUGAGUUUGAUCUAUGGUUGGCAGCAAUACUAUCAUGGCAACAGAUCAGGCCGGCUGCCUUUGUGCCAGGUCCCCUGAAAUCGCCAAUAGGUCAUCACGAUGACAGACGGCCAGGCGUGGAUCGACGCGGCUCCUCGUAUAGUAAUAAGGACUCAAAUGUCAUUAAAGUGGGCAAGCUACUCUUAUGGGACAAGGGGCCGCCUCUAUCUCCUGACUUUGUUAUAACUCGCCGUUCAACUCGACAUCUACGUAAUUCUGGACAACAAUGGCGUAGGAUAUCUUGCAUACUCGAAGACAAUGGCGACCUCAAGAUCUUGACGGAGAACGAUGCUUUGUUGCUGUCAGUCAUACAGCUUCCGCAACUAUCUCGAAGCGCAAUACAAAAGCUUGACAAGUCAGUACUAGGAGAGGAAUAUUGUGUCGCCAUUUUCCCUCAGUACACAUCUACAUCAACAGACUUGUCCAUAUUUAGACCUAUCUACCUGGCAUUAGAGUCGCGGUUGGUAUUUGAAGUGUGGCUAUGUCUCUUGCGGGCCUUCACAAUUCCAGAAAUAUAUGGCCCUGAUACUCCACAGAAAAUCGAGGAGCACGACGAAGAGGAAGAUUUACCCGAGGGACAUUCUUCUUCAACCAAUGAUAUGUUUCGAAUAGAGAAAUCUCUUAGCAUGCGAAUUGUGGAAGCUAAAUUUCGAAAACCUGGUAUCAGGGCGGAGUUACCUCAGUAUGGCAGACACUCUGUAAGACCGGAGCCAGAUGGGCUUCUCGGUGACUACUUUGCAGAAGUUAUGCUUGACGGCGAGGUUCGCGCCCGUACAAAUACCAAGUUUGAGACUAGGAACCCAUUUUGGCGGGAGGAAUGCGAAUUCACAGACCUGCCUCCUUAUUUACCCAAGCUAUCGAUAGUUCUGAAGCGUAUGGAAACGUCACAACUCACCGUACAAGGAUUCUUGUCAAGCCCAGGCGUCCAGGUGACAGACCAACAAGUGGAAACCAUCUGCGGGGUGAUUGACAUACCCGUUGAUAAGCUCGAGCGAGGCAAGGAUAAUGAGGCAUGGUGGCCAAUCGUGGAUCAAAAUCAAGAGCCGAUUGUAGAGAUGCUGAUGAGGGUGCGACAUGAUGAAGUCGUGGUACUCCUUGCUAAAGAUUAUCAGCCUAUCUCUGAGCUUUUACACAAUUUUAACAACGGAUUGACUUUGCAGAUAUCUCAAGUCAUACCCAACAAUCUCCGACAGUUAUCUGAAAUACUGAUAAACAUAUUCCAGGUCUCUGGGAAUGCAGCGGAAUGGCUGAAGGCCCUAGUUGAGGACGAGAUUGAUGGCAUCGGAAAAGAAGCUCCGACCAAACGACUCAGAUACAGCCGGAGGAUUGGUUCAAAUGAAAUAUCCUUCACAUCCAUCGAUCGGGAACAAUCCGUUCGAGACAUGGGGAAAAGUCUCAACACUGAAGCGAAUCUUUUGUUUCGAGGAAACUCUUUACUUACCCAAUCCUUUGACUUCCACAUGAGACGAGUCGGGAAGGAAUAUCUCUCUGAAAUAUUAGGAGAGCAAAUACGCACUAUCAACAACAUUAACCCUGAUUGCGAAGUCGACCCGUCUAGAAUUGAUACUGCCGGUGCAUUCGACAGAAACUGGAUUUCAUUAAUCGCUUUGACUACUGACGUCUGGAGGUCAAUCGCUGAUUCUGCGACGCGAUGUCCGCCAGAAUUACGACAAGUUUUCAAGUACAUCCGUGCUGUUGCUGAGGAUAGAUAUGGAGACUUCCUUCGCACUGUAGCCUAUACCAGUGUCUCUGGUUUCUUAUUUCUACGUUUUUUCUGUCCGGCAAUUCUCAACCCCAAAUUAUUUGGUCUACUCCCAGAUCAUCCUCAGCAAAAAGCUCAACGGACAUUCACUCUGAUAGCAAAAAGCUUACAGGCCUUGGCAAAUCUAUCAAGCUUUGGUCAAAAAGAGUCGUGGAUGGAGCCAAUGAACAAAUUUCUCUACCAGCAUCGUCAAGGUGUCAAGGAUUUCCUCGAUGCUAUUUGUGCUAUAGCCCCAGAUCGCACAGCCUUUGCAGUUCCUGCGUCGUAUUCCACCCCCAUCACGAUCCUCGCCAGGUUACCACCCACAUCUAGAGAAGGAUUUCCAUCUUUGCCAUAUUUGGUUGAUCAUGCACGAAGCUUUGCCGACCUAGUCAAAUUAUGGCUAGAAGGAACAUCACAUUCCAUGACUCAAUUCUUUGAAGGCGAUCUUGCCAAGUUCAACGAUCUCUGCAUCAUUCUCAAAAGGCGUACCGAUGAAUGUAUACUUAAAGCCGAAGACUACGGCGAUCGCGUUGCCGAUCAAGCUUCCCUUCAAUUCGAAAACAUCGUCGAAGGUCUCCAAUCUACCCAUUUCAAAGAAUCUCCUCAAAUCCACGCACUUCCUCCCCCACAAUCUCACCUCCAUCCAGGAAAUCAGAAUCCUGUCCUCACUCCUUCCUGGCAGAACUAUUCCAUGAGUAACAGCAACAGUACAAGCAUCAACAACACCAGUCAAACACAUCUCCGCGCCCCCGGCUCCGCCGGCAGUGGUAGCGAAAAAACGGGCGCUACUUCUUGCAGCAAGGAAAAGGAGAAGAAAGAAAAACAUAAUUUCUGGGAAGCAACGUUUGGGAAAGAUUCGAAAUAUCAGAGACCGUAUGCUCCACCUUUAGAUAAUAGUACCCAACAAUUGAUGAUGCAAGCUUCGAGUCCUCCAGGUCCAGGGGAUAAAAGGGGCCUAGCGGGUUUUGGGAUUAAUAGACAGGAAAAACAGAGUAGGAGUUUUCUGGGGGGAUUGCGCAGGAAGGGUAAACAUGAACCGAAGAGUCAGGGGAGUGGGAGUAGUAAUGAUGGGGGGUUCGUGAUGGGUAUACCGGGGAUGGGGAUGGGCAUGGGCAUGGGGAUGGGGAUGAGUGUGGAUACUGGUAGUGGGAAGGGGGGAAGUGGAGGAGCGGAGAAUUUGGGAGAAGAUAUUGUGUCGCCGACGUUGGGGGGUUGGGUUCAUACGCAGAGAGAGAGAGAUGGUCAAGGUCAGGGACAGGGUCAUGGGGAAAGGAAGGAGAAGGAGAAGGAGAAGGCAAUGAGAAGGCAAAUAGAGAAAGAAGGAAGCUCUUGCUUUCAGAAUCCAUAG